AUGCGUCCCGCGUCUUUGUUUCUAUUUGUGGCAAUUUCUUUUGUUCAAGAAGGCUCAGCAGAACACCUCAAUAUCUUUGCCUCUUUCUGCGCUAUUUUUGCAGAAAGUCACAGUGAGCCUGAUUACGUGACUAAUUUGAAGAAAUACUUCAAUGAUGGAUACAACACAGGGACCUACUCCAAAAAAAUCUCUUCAAAAGAAGAGCUAGAAAACGAAGCCAAGAAAGUAUUUCGUGAAUUUCUAACAGCCCUGAAGUAUAAGGAUACUGAGCGGUUCCUCAAGGAGUGGAAGACGACAUUUACAAGUGAUGGGCCGUUUGCAUCUCAACAGGAUCUCAAUAAUCUGGAGAGGGCAAUAACUGAUCCUGAUGAUUUUAUGACGAGCUUGUAUAUUGGCGACCUUCUAACAAAUCGAGAUGACGCUGAUGAAGCUACAGAGGCUUACAAAGAAGCAUUUGUGUCAAAAGACAAUGAAAGGGUUGCGUUGUUCUACCUGGGAGAUGAUGACAUCAUGCACGGAGUGUUGGCAGCUGGAGUCAGAUCAAACAUGGAUGCAGGCUUUUUGGUUUUUCUCAUCGAUUGAAAUUAAAAAUAUCCAUAUGAUAUUUGGAGAAAUCAACCCAAAUGGAUGGUUUCCCCAUUUUGAAUGACUUAUGUAGCGCGUAUCAGGAAACUACUUGCUAGGAAAUAACAGGACAUUCUGGAAAGAUGCAGAUUUCAUCUUAAUACAAACUUGAGAUUCAUGUUUUAACCUUCCUUUAAUAUAUUGCUGUCUAUGGUUCUCAUCAAGUCGUGUGUGUUCGAUAUCUGUAGGAAGGGAUGGCGAUGUUCUUGUUUCGUUUCCCUAGAAACGAAACGCAUCCAGGGUAAACUAUUUAUUAGGUGGGUUCGUGGCCAAUCGAAAGGAAGUUUGUAAUUGAGAAUGAAAACAACUAAGACGGAGCUUGAACAACAAGCUGUGGACAGCAGCUUCCCCGUCUCAGUGAAACAACAUUUGUGAAGACCAACUGGACCCUCGAAAAAAUAAUGCAUUUAAGACGUUUUCUACUCUCCACCAUAUUAAGUAGAAAGCCUACAUUCACAACAACGUCUUAACUAUGUUUAAAUACCCUCCUUUAUAUCAAAGUUCCACACACCAAAAUAGGUAAGCAAAAUGGAAAUGAAUUGUAGAGCCGGCAUAGGCCACUUUCAUAAAUGGCUGCCGGAUUAAUAUUCUUUUGUUUGAAUUUAAAUUAGUCCUACUGGCC